CAGCCGUGCAGCGAGGAGGGGGAGGAGGAGGGAGGAAGAGAAGGAGGAGAGGGAGGAGAGGGAGGAGGCAGGAGGCGAUGAUAGGGACUAGUUAUUGUAACUUGACACGACUGGCCAGAGGACGCUCAGAUCAUGCGAGGGGGCCAGGCGACGCGGACCUCACCGACACACCAGCCGCAGGAGACCCGUCCCAGAGGCGCACCGCCGCGGAGAGGUCGCGGAGACACGUUGGGCUGUUCAGGAGGGAGUCUCGGCUCCGCUAGUCCCAGUCCGCCCGCCCUGCAGCGGGGCCAUUGUGUGAAGAAUAACGGUCCUGCCGCCGGGAAUCCUCUUUGGCUAUGAAGAAAAACAACUCCAACAAACGGGACUCCAGCCAGAACCACGCACAGCCGGAGAAAGUGGGAUGGAUCCGCAAGUUCUGUGGCCGAGGGAUCUUCAGGGAGAUCUGGAAGAACCGGUUCGUGAUCCUCAGAGCGGACCAGCUGUUCAUCUCAGAGAAAGAGGUGCGUGACGACCGUAAGGCCCAGGAGGUGGUGGAUCUGUCGGACUACGAGCGCUCCGAGGAACUCCGCAAGUCCAAGAGCCGGAGCAAGAAGAACCACAGCAAGUUCACCCCUGCUGCGCUGCAAGAGCCCGGGCAACACGGUUCCUAACCUGGUGUUCCUCGCUGUCAGUCCAGAGGAGAAAGAGUCUUGGAUCAGCGCCAUCAAUGGAGCCAUCACCAGAGCCAAGAACAGCAUCCUGGAUGAGGUAAGCACACACACGCACACGCACACGCAC